AUGUCCGGCAAGCUUGACCAGUCCCUGGACGAGAUCGUCUCUACCCAGCGCAAGGCUGGUGGCCGUCGUGGCCGCAACACCACACGCCGCGCUUCUGGCCGAACCACUACUGUUGCGCCCGUCGGCGGCGUUCAGAAGAACUCCAAGAAGCCCCAGACAGCAGCCAAGCAGGCCCCUGCUAAGGCUUCUGGCGGCCCUGGCGACAGCAAGGUUGUCGUGAGCAACUUGCCCAAGGAUGUGACUGAGUCACAGAUCAAGGAAUAUUUUGUCACCUCGGUCGGCCCCAUCAAGCGCCUGGAGCUUGCAUAUGGCCCUGGCGGUUCCAGCCGUGGUGUUGCUACCAUUACUUUCAGCAAGCGAGACGGUGCCUCCAAGGCCUUUAACCAGCUCAAUGGACUCCUGGUCGACGGCAGACCCAUCAAGAUUGAGAUCAUUGUCAGCGGUGACAAGGCCGCUGAGAUUGCACCUGCGCCCAAGACCCUGACGGAUCGCAUCUCGCAGCCCAAGUCGCAGCCCAAGUCCGCUGUGCCUAACAAGAAGAAGGAGGCCGCAACCAAGGACACCGCUGCCGGUGGCGCUAACCGCGGCCGUAGAAAGCCUGCUCGCGGCAAGAGCUCGCGCCCGGCUAAGAAGACUGCAGAGGAGUUGGACAGUGAGAUGGCCGACUACUUUGUGGCUGGCAACCAGAAUGAGAACGCCAAUGGUGGUGCUCCCGCCCCCGCCAAUAACGGCGAUGCUGCUAUGGAUGAUGACAUCAUGGUAAGUUCAGUUUCUGAAAUGCUGCCCAUCAACAGAUGUUAA